CUUCACUUUUGUGGCCAAGUUUGCGCAUACGAUCUUUAUGCAGUUGUGAGUUUAACGUUGCGUGAUUUCAGAAGCGCUGAACUUGUUACUGUUCUCCCUUUUUAGGAUUUCUUAUCUAUCAGUCGGAUACUCCGAUCAUUCGCCAUUUUGGAUUUUCCAUCGACAAUUCCAGUGUCAAUACUUUGUACUACCAUUCGCUGUCGUGAGCUGUGUUGUGUGACAAUUCCCGAUCUGGUGUAUUUACCUGCGCCUGGAUUAAUAGGAGUAUCAUAAACAACCACCUCACAACUAUUAGUGUUGAAGAACUUCCGUGUCAGAGGUGAGGGUCGGUUCCAUUGUUCAAUGAUGGCUACGAAACGUGGGCGUAAAUCUAACAGAACAGUUCCUUACGAUCCGGAAUUUGUAGAAAAUUGGACAAUCGCUCGAUUACAACAAGAACUUCAUUUAUUGAAUGUGCCCUACCGGAGUGGUUCUAAGCGUAUGGAACUUGUUAAAAAAUUGAAGGAGGCACAAGCGGCCCUGAGAGGUGCGGUAUCCCAGCAUGCCCCGAGCGACGCGAUUGCAUCCCAUGAUGCUCCGAGACAAGAUGGCCGCCAGACCGGAAGUCCGGAACGGGCAGAUUCUACCAGCUUACGAAACAUGAUUUCCAGCUUAGCAGACAGUGUUAACACUCUCCAGAACUGUUAUUGCAGGUUGGAGAAUAGCGUACUCACGCUCACUCAGUCUAGAUCUGUGCAACCUACUUCUGCUGCCGCUGCAGGUAGUUCUCGUCAAAUGGCGACUGAUGGUAUCCGAGCCCCGACUCCUACCACCCAUGUAGCCUAUUCGCCGUUGAUGCAUCCCGGUUCGACAUUGGCGGCGGUCACAGAAGAAUUUACACUGGACAGUGCGUAUCGGAAACUUCAAGAGGAAAGUAUUCCUUCCGGCGAUUCAGCAGAUGUGCAAAUUCAGACAGCUGGCACCUCAAGCAGAUGUACUACCAAUUCCAUGUCUGCCUAUGGCCUCAUUGAUGAUGAGCUGAAUACAGCGGUUGAUAGUUUAUGGAACCAUGCCCUUAGUGAGAAGACUCUGGCUACUUACAAGUCCGGUUUGAACUGUUUUGUGACAUUUCUGGUUAUGAGGGGAAUUGCAUGUGCUGCUAAUUCCCUUCCCAUUGUUGAUGAAGAUUUACUUAUAUUUUUUGUGACAUACUGCCAGGAAGCUUUAUGCUUGAAGUUCGACACUAUUAAACUCUAUUUAGCUGGCAUAAGGUUUCAUUACAUCAAGUUAAACUUGGGGGACCCUCUCGCAAACACCAUGCGGUUAAAUUACAUCUUGCGGGGCAUUAAAAGAACUCAGGUUAAUUUUUCCAAUAAGCGAUUGCCUAUAACCUUUAAGUUGCUUAAUCAUAUGUGUAUAACUAUUUCUAGUAGUCAAGGAUUGUUUGAACCAUUUGUCAAAAAAAUGCUAUGCUGUAUUUUUCAAACAGCUUUUUAUGGUUUUUUGAGAUGUGGAGAAUUUACCUGUAGGAAACUCGGUGACCAAUCAUACCUUCGUCUUAGUGAUGUCCAUGUUCUACCAGAUAAGUCCAGUUUCAUUUUGUAUUUACGUUCUUCAAAAAUGGAUCCUUUUGGUAAAGGCGUUCACAUAAGAAUUUUUGAUAAUGAGGUUUUACAUCCUGUGUUGACUAUGGUAAAUUAUUUAAAGGUCAGACAUUCUCUCGGGGCAACUCCUACUUGCCCUUUGUUCAUCGAGGACUUAUUUAAGUCCAAGCCUUUAAUGCGUCAUACCUUUAUUUCUUACCUUAAAGCCUGCCUGUCCCUCAUAGGUGUGAAUAGUAAAGAUUUCAACGGUCAUUCUUUCAGAAUUGGUGCCGCCACUUCUGCAGCAGCGGCCGGAGUCCAAGACGUUGUUAUUAAAGUCUUGGGACGAUGGUCAUCAGAUUGUUUUAUUCGGUACAUUCAUACUAAUCCAGCCACUUUACAGUCGGCUCAACUCAAUAUGACUGUUUCUUAA